UGAGCCUACUCACUGCAGGUGUAGAAGAUGCCUGGUCUGCACAGGUGGAAUCUCGGGCGUGUUGGGCUCCCAGCUCUCUUCCCUGGAAAGACUGGUCUGGAUAUUCCUAGUGAAGGUAGCUGGGGAUUCUCAACUGGGGCAGCUCCCCCAGGGCAGCACUGCCUGACCUAACCCACCCGGGGCUCCUGGUAUCUUACCUGCUGGAGCCGCUAGUCUCAGAUUACUGAUGGACAGGGGACCUGGCAAGCCUGCUUUGUGCCUGGCAAGUCUGAGCUCCCCAUCUGCUGUGCGGAGACAGAAACCAGGGCAGCUGUGUGCCCAGACCCUUCCCGCUGCUGGAGAAGUGGAAGACCGCACUGCCUCGCUGGGGACUUAUAGAGACUUAGGGGGAAAGAUGAACUGGCCCCAUUCUUGCAUCUCCUUUUGCUGGAUUUACUUUGCUGCCUCCAGACUGAGAGCUGUAGAGCCAGCAGAUGGAAAAUAUGCUCAGAAGUUGUUUAAUGACCUUUUUGAAGACUACUCUAAUGCUCUUCGUCCAGUAGAAGAUACAGAUAAAGUCCUGAACGUCACACUCCAGAUUACACUUUCUCAGAUUAAGGAUAUGAGAGAGAUGAAUGAGGAGCGACUGGAGAGGGGGACUCUCCUGGGAACUCAGCCUUCUACUGGGGCUGACGAUGAAUCUUCUGAGCCCGUGAACACCAAUGUGGUCCUGCGGUAUGAUGGGCUGAUCACCUGGGAUGCACCAGCCAUCACCAAAAGCUCCUGUGUGGUGGACGUCACCUACUUCCCCUUUGAUAAUCAGCAGUGCAACCUGACCUUUGGCUCCUGGACCUACAAUGGCAAUCAGGUGGACAUAUUCAACGCCCUGGACAGUGGAGACCUCUCCGACUUCAUUGAAGACGUGGAGUGGGAGGUGCACGGCAUGCCUGCUGUGAAGAACGUGAUCUCCUACGGCUGCUGCUCAGAGCCUUACCCGGAUGUGACAUUCACUCUCCUUCUGAAGAGGAGGUCCUCCUUUUACAUCGUCAACCUCCUCAUCCCAUGCAUCCUCAUAUCUUUUCUGGCUCCCUUGAGUUUCUAUCUCCCAGCAGCCUCUGGGGAAAAGGUCUCCCUGGGAGUGACCAUACUGUUGGCCAUGACUGUAUUUCAGCUCAUGGUGGCAGAGAUCAUGCCAGCCUCCGAAAACGUCCCUCUGAUCGGGAAAUACUACAUAGCCACAAUGGCCUUGGUCACAGCCUCCACUGCGCUGACCAUCAUGGUGAUGAAUAUCCACUUCUGCGGGGCCGAGGCCCGGCCAGUGCCGCCCUGGGCCCGGGUGGUCAUCCUGAAAUACAUGUCCAGGAUCUUGUUUGUCUACGACGUGGGUGAGAGCUGCCUCAGCCCCCACCAAGACAGGGAGAGAGGCCGUCUCACAAAGGUUUAUGACAAACUUCCAGAGCCUAACCUGAAAACAUCCAGAAAUAAAGGCCCUUCCAGAAAGAAGGAAAUGAACAAACUCUUAAAGAAUGACUUGAGGUACCAGGGUGAGAACCUGGAGGAUGGUGACAGUUACUGUGCCCGGUACCGAGUGUUGACGAGGAAUAUUGAAUACAUUGCCAAGUGCCUCAAAGACCACAAGGCCACCAAUUCCAAGGGGAGUGAAUGGAAAAAGGUUGCAAAAGUCAUAGACCGAUUUUUCAUGUGGGUUUUUUUCAUUAUGGUGUUUGUGAUGACUAUUUUGAUCAUAGCAAGAGCAGAUUAGUGAGCAUUAGAUAUGUGGGAAUAAAUCAGUAUAAGUCCCUGUGAUCUACUCUAAUGCUCUUCCAAAUCAGAAACAUCUAUAUCCAUAUUUACACACAGAUACACAAAUAUAUAUAAAUUACGGGUUAUGUUGUCUUUACUUUUUAUUUUUAACUUCAGAUCAAUAUUAUAUCUGUCAGUUUAAAUUAUGCAGGAGGUUCAAAAUUUCAAGGGCAAGACAAUGGAGGAAAUAGAGAAGGGUCACUGUUAUACCCUACCAGAGUGGUAGGUGGCUUCUAGAUCACACAAUUAUUCUCUCCUUCAGCAGUGCAUUUACAAAGCAUACCGCAUUCUGUUUAAAAUUUAAAGCAAAACAAAAGAAAUUGAGUCCCCCCUUAGCCCCUACUAGAACAUGCUUUUAAAAAAAGGAAAAUAGUCAUAUAUUCCUUAGUGUUAAUUUAAGUCUCCAUGUUACCUUUCUCAUUUCUCUGGUGCAUUUCAAGCUGUAUUUCAAACGAUGGAAUAAAAACAUUUUGCACCACAUAAAGAAAGUCUAAGGAUCGGCAAUUCAUUGGGGGAAAAGAGCUUUCUUUGUAUUGAUGAUGUCAUAUAUGUUGGUUAUGUAUUAUACGAACCUUAAAGAUGAAGUCAUUCCUACAUUUAAUCUUGGGUUUAAGUAAAAUCACCCACAAACUGGGCUGAUUUUUUUCAUUCAUUCAAUUAUUCACCAAACAUUUAUUUUCUCCUACCUAUAGUAAAGCUACAUGAUUCACAUUUGAAGUGGGUGUUGUACCAAAUCUUAUGCACAGGUCUGAUCCUUGCUAAUCUUCACCACUAUUCUGUGAGCUAGGUGAACAGGUGUUUCUAGUCACCUUUCUCAGAGGAAGAAGCUGUCUCUGAGGAAUGUGGGUGUUAAGUGACCUGCCUCCACAUCUACCUAGGUGGUAAGUAGAGCUGGGAGAUAAACCCUUGGCCCUGUGAAUCUAGGCCAGGUCUGCUAAAGCCACACUGCUUUUUGGCAGAUCAUGAUUUAGGAUGGUAGUGAUUGAGAGAUU